AUGGAGAACAACCUUCUCCUCAACAUCAUCUCACUCACCCUGCUACUACCACUGUGCAUGUGCAUGCCGCUGCCAUCCCUCCUGGAAGAAGAAGCAGCGGCUCUCCUCGCCUGGAAAGCCACACUACAAAGCCGCCCAACCCUACUCCAAUCCUGGGGAAACAAUACGUGGCCGUGCAGCUGGCAUGGCAUCAUCUGCACCAAGCACCGAGCAAGGCACCAAGAGGUGAUCACCGGGAUCUCCCUACAGGGGUUGCAGCUGAGAGGGGAGCUGGAGGCCCUCAACUUCACGCCGUUGGCCACCCUGACGACUAUCCAGCUCUCCCACAAUCAGAUAAGCGGCUCCUUUCCAUCUGAUUUACCUUCAUCCUUGCCAAACCUGCAACAUCUAAUGCUACAGGAGAAUGAGCUUUCCGGUGAAAUACCAAGCCAAAUUAAACAACUAGAGGGCCUUGUGGGGCUCAACUUGUCAGCCAAUCACUUGUCUGGUCCGAUCCCUAGAGAACUAGGCUACCUAAACAAGCUUGCCACCUUAGAUUUUUCCCACAACAACCUCACCGGCCCAAUUCCUACAAAUCUAGGGAAUUUGACCAAGCUCACUAUCUUGUACCUUGAUGGUAAUAAGUUCUUAGGACAUAUUCCUCGAGAACUAGGUUACCUGGACAAUUUGGAAGAGUUGUAUCUUAGCAACAACAAUCUGACGGGUUCCAUCCCCAAUACCAUUGGAAAUUUGACCAAGCUCACUAGCUUGUACCUUGAUGGCAACCAAUUCUUAGGACAUAUUCCUCGAGAACUAGGUUACCUGGUCAAUUUGCAAGAGUUGGCUCUUAUGCAAAACAACCUCAUCGGUUCCAUCCCAUAUACCUUCGGGAGUUUGAUUAAACUGACUAGCCUGGAACUUGGGGGUAACCAACUUUCCGGGCGUAUUCCUCGAGAACUAGGUUACUUGGUGAAUCUAAAAGAGUUGGUGCUUAGCAGAAACAAACUCAUGGGUUCUAUCCCCAAUAUCUUUGAAAAUUUGACAAAGCUCACUAUCUUAUGCCUCCAUGAUAAUAAAUUUUCCGGACAUGUUCCUCCAGAAAUUGGUACCUUAAUGGAUCUCGAGGAGCUGAAUUUGCAAACUAACAAUCUAUCUGGUCCCUUGCCACCCGAGUUGUGUGUUGGUGGCCGCCUCAAGAAUUUAUCUACAUUUGAUAACAACUUGAGUGGACAUCUGCCGUCUAAUUUGAUACAUUGUAGAAGCCUAGUCAGAGUUCGUCUUGAAAGGAAUCAAAUAGAAGGAGAUAUCUCCGAGUUGGGCGCUCAUCCAAAUCUAGUGUAUAUAGAUAUGAGCUCAAAUAAGUUGUUUGGUCAAUUAUCUUAUCACUGGGGGGGAUGUCGUGAACUUACCAAGCUAGCUAUCUCAAACAACAACAUCAUGGGUAGAAUACCCACAAGUAUAGGGAAACUGUCUCAGCUAAAGGUACUUGAUCUUUCAUCAAACAAGCUUGAAGGGAAAAUUCCAUGUGAAGUGGGCAAUCUAAAUAAUUUGUUCCAGUUGAACCUCCAAGAUAAUUUACUCCAGGGAAGCAUACCGCAAGAAAUUGGUGCAUUGUCUAGUCUGGAGUUGCUAGAUUUGUCAUCGAAUAACCUAAGUGGUUUGGUACAAGGAUCAAUUGAGAAAUGCUUAAAGCUCCACUCGUUGAAUUUGAGUCACAAUAACUUCAAAGGAAAUAUCCCUGCCAUACUAGGGGUGUUGCACAACUUACAAGACAUGUUGGAUUUAAGUUAUAAUUCAUUUGUUGGGGCAAUACCAACCCAGUUUAGUGAUCUGAACAUGCUGGAAACUUUGAACCUUUCACACAAUGAAUUGAGUGGCUCCAUCCCGUCUUCAUUUCGGAGUAUGGAAAGCUUGGUAUCCAUUGAUGUAUCUUACAAUGAAUUGGAAGGACCUAUCCCGGAUAGUAGGCUAUUCCAACAAGCUCCUCUCUACUGGUUCAUGCAUAAUAAGUUGUUAUGUGGUGUAGUGAAAGGAUUGACUCCUUGCAGUAGUGCAACUCAGAGCAGAGGACAAAGGAAAGCAUACAAAACAAUUAUACUAGCCGUGCUUCCUAUUUUGUUAUCUGUUGUUCUCAUCGGCGUGAUAUUGGUGUUCCGGCAGAAAAAUCUGAAAUCCCAGGCAAUUAACACCAAUAAAGUAACACAAGAAAAUAUGUUCUCAGUUUGGAGCUAUGAUGGAGGAGACGUUUUCAAGAAAAUCAUUGAAGCAACAGAGGAUUUCAGUGAAAUGUAUUGCAUAGGAACCGGUGGAUAUGGAUCUGUCUACAUAGCCAAGCUUUCAACAUGUGAAAUAUUUGCAGUGAAGAAGAUACACACCAUGGAAGAUGGGAGUUCCAUGAGUGAAUCGGCAUUCAACCGUGAAAUCGAGGCAUUGGUGCAGAUUCGGCAUCGAAACAUCGUAAAAUUAUUCGGGUAUUGUUCCUCUAGACAAGGCAGGUUCCUUAUCUAUGAAUACAUGGGGAGAGGAAACUUGGCGGAAACAUUAAGAGCAUGUGAAAGGGCAACUGAACUUGAUUGGAAAAGGCGGAUAAAUAUUGUGUUGGACAUAGUUCAUGCUUUGACAUACAUGCAUCAUGAUUGUUCAUCACCAAUAGUGCACCGAGAUAUAACAAGCAACAACAUUUUGCUUGAUCCUGAAUGCAGAGCUUGCAUCUCUGAUUUUGGUACAGCCAAAAUUCUCAAUGUUGAUGGCCUGAAUCUGACAAGGCUUGCUGGGACAAAAGGAUAUCUCGCCCCAGAGCUAGCAUAUACAGAGAAUGUGACGGAGAAAUGUGAUCUAUACAGCUUCGGAGUGCUCGUUUUGGAAAUAUUUAUGGGAUUCCACCCAGGAGAUUUGCUCUCAUCACUCUCAUUGACGACCAAAAGAAAUGUGUGCAUGAAGGAUCUGUUGGAGACUAGGAUCAUGCUCCCGGAUGCAGAAACUGCUAGAGAAAUAUACAACAUGCUCAGUGUUGCAGUCAAGUGCUUGGAGCCUAACCCAUCACGCAGACCAACGGCACGACGUGCAACCGAUGAGCUAUCUGCUGUGAUUAAAACAUGUAAAGAUGAUGUUGAUUAUCUGCAUGCUGAUCUCACCAUUCCUGCACAGUAG